ACCUGGGCCGGAAGUGGAGAUUGUGGCGUGUGACGUCACGUCCCGCGGAGGCGGAGCCUCAGUGAGCGGGAUAGACGGCGCUGAUCCGUGUGGCGUGUGUAUCGGGGGCUGCCCGGGGAGUGUGAUCCGGACCGACAGCGUCAUCCCGGGGUGAUAAUAAUGGUGGCCGAGGACGUCCUGCGCCCUGACCCCGGGGACCCUCCACUGAGCCGCAAAGAUUCCAGCAAAGCUGUGAAGAUAAACCGGACAAGAUGCCUGGGGGAGAGCACCGCAUCCACCGCCGGACCCGCUGAUCGGAACAGGAAAGGAAAGUUUAACGUAGACCAGAAAGGAGAAGGUGUAAAGAAGGAUUCCGGCAAUAAGGAUCAGUCUCCUCAGGAGUCACACAAUGGGUGUAGGGAGGUUGAACAAGCCACGUCCUCUGAGCAGCUGAUUCAGGAGGGUUUGGUGUCCUGCCCCUCAGAACCCCCUGUGGAUCCUGGUCCGAACCCUGAAAGUCCAUUGAAGGUUCACAACAUUGAGGACGGGCAUCCGGUGACGGCCUCCGGCUUAGAUGAGAACAGCAAUGUCCUGCGGGAGGAGGCCGAGUGCGGGAGCGGACGUUGUGACGACGGAGAUCGGCAGAAUCAGAUGAAAGAGAAGGACGCGGCCGAGGAGCGAGGGAUGGGGUCUCCUAGGAUCGGUGAAAGUGAUGCCCAACUCCGCAGCUCGGCUGUGACUGAUUUGGUGGUCCCGAGCUCUAGUGUUGGAGGAGACCAAGUGUUUCCUUCUGAGGAGCCGAGAGACCAGACGGAGGAACCUAUUGACUCCGCGAUGGAUGACAAUAACAAUGGGGCCAAAGUCCUAAAGGAAAAAGAGAACAAACCUGAGAAGGCGCAGCACCCGUCUAAAAAGAGAGACCAGACGGGCGGAGCGGACAAGAAGCUGAAGGAGCGCAACGAAGAAGAGAAGAAAAAGGAUAGUCACGAGAGGAGAGACAAGGCGGACGGAGAGAAGAGCAAGAGACACGAGAAAACCAGAGAUGGCCACACAAGGAAAGACAAGGUGGGAAAUGAUCAGAAGACUGAAGGGAAGGAAAAGGGGAAGAAGAAAGAGUCUGAGACCAAGAAGAACAAAGACUCCAAGGAGGACAAGCACCGAGACCGCUCAGAGAAGAGCAAACACAGCCACCGGGUAAAGGAAGAACCUGCAGACCUCCGCCCAUUGCCCAAGGAGAAUGGGAGCGUCCUGAAGAUGACUCUGGUGGACUUGGACCUGUUCCAGGACACUCUGACCGACGAGAAGAGGCAAAAGUCCAAAGACGGCUCCAAGGGACGAAACCGGGACAAGGCCCACAAGGGAUCGGACGAGAAGUCAAAAGACAAGCGGCACAAGAACAAAGACCCCAAAAGACACGGAGAGAGUGACGGCGAGGACACGAAGGGAAUAAAGAGGGAAAUGGAAGAACAGGAGGAAUCUGUGCCCGGCCGCAAGAAGACCAAGGCCGAUCCGGAGAACAAGAAGAACCAAACCGCGAACAAGAAGAGGAAGAAUGAGGGCGACGCCGGAGACACCAAAGCCAAGAAGUCAAAGGAGGAGAAGAAAAAAGAGGAGGAGUCAAAGUGGAAAUGGUGGGAGGAGAAGAACUAUGAGGACGGAGUGAAAUGGAAGUUCCUGGAGCAUCGAGGUCCGUACUUUGCGCCGCCGUACGAGCCGCUUCCAGACGACGUGCGCUUUCUGUACGAUGGAGAGCCGAUGAAGCUGAGCCUGGCAGCGGAGGAAGUGGCCACGUUCUAUGGGAAGAUGCUGGAUCACGAAUACACCACGAAGGAGAUAUUUCAGAAGAAUUUCUUCACGGAUUGGAAAACGCAAAUGUCAAAAGAAGAGAAGAAGACAAUCAAACAUCUGUACAAGUGCGACUUCUCGGAGAUACACAAGUAUUUCUACGAUAAGAACGAGGCCCGAAAAGCUUUACCCAAAGAGGAGAAACAGAAAUUGAAAGAAGAGGCCAGUAAGAUUCAGGAGGAGUAUGGAUUCUGUACGCUGGACGGACAUCGAGAGAAAAUUGGAAACUUCAAGAUUGAGCCCCCAGGACUUUUCCGAGGCCGCGGUGAUCACCCCAAAAUGGGAAUGUUAAAGUUAAGGAUACGGCCGGAAGAUGUCAUUAUAAACUGUAGCGAAAACGCCAAGAUCCCAGAGCCUCCCCCGGGGCGCAAGUGGAAGGAGGUGCGCUUCGACAACACGGUCACAUGGCUGGCCUCCUGGACCGAGAACAUCCAGGGAUCCAUCAAGUACAUUAUGCUGAACCCGAGCUCCAAACUCAAGGGGGAGAAGGACUGGCAGAAGUACGAGACCGCGCGACGCCUAAAGGGAGUGGUCGACCAGAUCCGAUCUCAGUAUCGUACGGACUGGAAAUCCCGAGAGAUGAAGAAGCGGCAGAGAGCGGUGGCGCUGUAUUUCAUCGAUAAGCUGGCCCUCCGAGCGGGCAAUGAGAAGGAGGAGGGUGAGACGGCGGACACGGUGGGCUGCUGCUCCCUGCGGGUGGAGCACAUCCAGCUGUAUGCGGAGCUGGACGGGCAGCAGUACGUGGUGGAGUUCGACUUCCUGGGAAAAGAUUCGAUCAGAUAUUACAACAAAGUCCCUGUGGAGAAGGAGGUCUUCAAGAACCUAAAGCUGUUCAUGGAGAAUAAGAACCCGGAUGAUGAUCUGUUUGACAGACUGAAUACCUCUAUCCUGAACAAACAUCUCCAGGACCUGAUGGACGGGCUGACGGCCAAAGUGUUCAGAACAUACAACGCCUCCAUUACUCUACAGAACCAGCUGAAGGAGCUCACCAAUGAAAAUGAAAACGUUGCAGCAAAAAUUCUGUCCUACAACCGCGCAAAUAGAGCUGUUGCGCUUCUGUGUAACCACCAGAGGGCGCCACCAAAGACUUUUGAAAAAUCCAUGCAAAAUCUGCAGGCAAAGAUUGACGCGAAGGAGCAGCAACUUAAAGAGGCCAAGAAGGAGCUGAAGAAAGCGAAAGCGGACUACAAAGCGUACAAGAACGACAAGAACAAGAAGGAGAUGGAGAAGAAGAAGAAGCAGGUGGAGCGGCUGGAGGAGCAGCUCAUGAAACUGAAGCUUCAGGCCACCGACAAAGAGGAGAACAAGCAGAUCGCUCUGGGCACGUCCAAACUAAACUAUCUGGACCCCCGGAUCAGCGUGGCCUGGUGUAAGAAGUUCGGCGUGCCCAUUGAGAAGAUUUACAACAAGACGCAGAGAGAGAAGUUCGCCUGGGCCAUCGACAUGACCAAUGAGGACUUCGAGUUUUAACAUCUGCAGGAAGGGAUCUGACCCCUGACCUCCUGACCUUUGCUCCAGCAUCUCCGGUGUCCUUUACAGACCCAAGAACUGACGUAUGAAUGUAAGAAACGCAAUAUUACAGAGCAGUUUCCCUCAAGAGCAGUGUUCCCCCACCAGGGUGCCUGCAGCUGUUGCAAAACUACAACUCCCA